AUGGCUUCUACUGCUGCCACUGUCAAGGGGGCCUUGGCCGUUGCCGCGUGCCUCGUGCUGUUCCAUUCUUCGAUGGGGCUGCAGCCACAGCCAGCACCUGCACCACCAUUGGAUUGCGGAAACUACUGCUUCUCGAUUUGCAGCCCGAGGUGCCAAGCCCAAGCUGAGUCCGAGUCUGGCAGCUGCAAUACCACGCUCGAUCUCUACGGCGAUUGCUUCACGGGCUGCACUAGUAACUGCAAGGGCAACUCCUAUGCCCGUGGUUCCUGUAAAAUGGGUUCUUGUUCCGCUGGUAGCUGCGGCAACCCCUGUGCCCGUAGUUGCUGCGACUCCUGCAGUAACACUGCCCCAGAUCUGUACUCCAAAUGCAUGUCGUCCCGGGGCAUGGGCAUGAUCUCCUGCAUGCCGACCUGCAUGAACGAGUGCACCGACAACUGCAUGAAUGGAAAAGUUCCACCUGCGCCCUAA